AUGAAUUUAUUGUGGGUAGUUCGCGCUUAUAGUCUUGGAGGAUCAGCUGUGAGCUACUCAACAGUGUCUCACGACUCACCAGUUGGAUAUCAUAAUUACGGAAACCACGGUUAUGGGCACCACAAAUAUAGGCAUCAUGAGUACCAAAACUAUGCUGCUUAUGGACAUGGAUAUGGAUAUGGCGCCCAAAGUUACUCAAAUCUAACUCAUCCUCAAUACUCAUUCCAAUAUGGUGUCAACGAUCACUAUACCGGAGAUGUCAAAUCACAACAUGAAGUCCGUGAUGGUGACGUAGUAGAAGGUCAAUACUCAUUGGUUGAACCUGAUGGUUCCGUAGGCACCGUUAAAUAUGCAGCCAACGACAGAGACGGUUUCAAUGCAGUCGUUUCUAAAACUGGACCGACUGUACAUUCCCACGGACAUCACGGUUAUCACUUGUAA